AUGCCGGCCUCCGAAGGUCACCCGCUGAUUGCCUACCAGCCAUUCAAACUUCUGUUUCAACUGGCAUAUGCCGGCACAGUCGUUGCUCGCGUACCUUUAUGGCUCGUGGUGGCCUUGGUGCGACCGUUGAGGCCACAUCCCAAGUGGACGGUGAAGCAGGCCUUCAUGGCUCGAGCCGCCUACGUGCUGCAGGACGUAAUCUCGCGUGUCGGCGUGACUGAGAAGCUCUCUCUACAGCCUGGAAAGGAGGGAAACCGUUUCCAAGUUGUCAAACCUUCGACUUCGAACAACUACAUUGGACCGUUGGCCUCUUCGGUUCGUCCAGAGACUAUUGGAGGAACAUGGUUCCCAGAGCGCCCAGAUGCCGGUAUUUCUUCGAAGCGCGUUGUCUACUAUAUCCACGGCGGAGCUUUUGUAGUGGGAGAUGGUAGGGACGCAUUUGCCGGCUUUGCAGGAAACAACAUGGUCCAGGGGAAGGUGGCAGACUUUGUCUUCUCCCUUCAGUACCGCUUGUCCGGUUGGUCGGGACAGUCUCCCUUCCCAGCUGCACUGCAAGAUGCGCUGACAGGCUACCUGUUCCUCAUCCGCGAGCUUGGGAUUCCACCGCAGCAAGUUGUUGUCUGCGGUGAUAGUGCCGGCGGUAACAUCGUGAUCGCCUUGCUACGCUACAUCCAGGAGUUCGGCGCCGAGUUAGGAAUUGGUCAACCAAGGUGCGCAGCUCUGGUGGCCCCGUGGGUGGCGCCCUUCGACUAUGUGACAGAGCAAGCCCGAAACAGGAACUCGGAUUUUCUGCCCACUUCAUUCCUGAGAUGGGGUGCGCACACAUACGCCGGAAGCUUGCCCGCAUCAAACAAGUACAUCACACCGUUGGGCAGCCCUUUUACGACGCCAGUGCCCAUCUUCGCCAGCGCAGGUACGGCCGAGAUCUUUUAUGAUCCAGUUGAGCGUUGGACCGAGGAGAUGAAGCAGAUUGAAGGAAAUAAGGUCGUUUUCCACGCGGAAGAUGCUGCGCUCCACGACACCUUCUUACUUGGUGAUACACUCGGGUUUGAGGAGAGUGCGCGAGAUGUCAUAGCAGCAAUGAGGUCUUUUGUCGACGGAGCUUGA